AUGGAGUUYACAUUURGCUCUUUGUGUUGUGCUACGGCCAUACUCGCUGCUAUUUUUCUAGCGUUCAARUUUUUUGGCUCAAAGGAUMGAAARAGCAAAAGURUYCCUCAMGGUKUAGUAUUGCUUCAUCAGACYGGUMGAGGCUUCGGUGUUCCAAACCUUUCAACGCCGUGCAUGAAACUAGAACUCUACCUUCGUAUGGCAAAGAUUCCCCACGAGAGCGACUAUACUUUCAAAAUGUCAAAGAAAGGCAAGAUACCAUGGAUAGAAUACAACGGACAAGAGAUUGCAGACUCGAACUUCUGUAUWGAGUUUCUUAAUAAGGAGUUUGGAGUCGAUGUUGAUGGUCACCUGAGCGAGGAACAGAAAGGCAUUGCWAGAGCCACAAUGGUCAUGUUGGAAGAAAAUACUUACUGGACCCUCGUUCACUACCGAUGGUGCCACGAACAUCAGUACAAAUUCAGAGACAUGGUGCUAGGAAACGUCCCCCUUGCUUUCAGAGAAAUAAUAUGGCGGUUGSUGCCAUUCAAACGCAAGGUAGACGGCUAUCUCUAUGGUCACGGGAUUGGUCGUCAUUCUGUCGAAGAGAUUUAUGGGAUAGCUGAGAAAGACCUGAGAGCUGUUUCAGCAAUUCUUGGUAAAAAGAAAUUUUUGUUUGGAGACAAACCAUGUAUUGCCGAUGCUGCUCUCUUCGCACAAGUCAGCAACUUUAUCUAUACGAUGCAGGAAAGUCCACAGGCAAAACUGAUUUUAACACAGCUUACGAAUCUUGAAGAUCACACGAAACGAAUGAAAGAGGCUUUUUAUCCUGACUGGGAUGAAGUGGCAUUGAAGAAGWAAAAAACUGCCUGAGACAUUGAUUAUAAGGAAGAAGACUUGGCAAAAAUCUUCAUUGCAAGACGUUUUAUCGGGACAAAGGGAGCCAUUCUCUUUAGACUAGAACACGUCAAUGUACAUAGGAUAACAUCCUAUGUUGUUCAAAAUCAACAUAAAUCCCUUCGUUGUAGAUAUAAAUAAAGUCAUCCUUGCCUUGUAAGGUACAAAGAGUAUAAGUGUAAAACUCUGCAAACUCCCGUUAAACAAUAUUAAAGAAUCAUAACCAACCGUUGUACCCUGCGGGCGCGCCGAAGCGCCAUUUUAGGUGAACACGAAAAUGGCGGAUUCGUAGGAUUUCUUAAAGUGAGCGCGAAUCGU